AUGGGACUCGCGUAUAACGUCUACCUCACUUCCAAUAAGAUCUUUGGAUGCAGGCAGUGCAAGACGCACCUUGCAGAUUAUGACGAUAUCAUCAGCAGAAACUUCCGUGGCCAGCAUGGCAAAGCAUAUCUAUUCAACAACGUCGUCAACAUCACACAAUCUGAAGCGGUGGAGCGUAGCAUGACCACUGGAAGGCAUAUCGUUCGAGACAUCGCUUGCAGACAAUGCAGGGAAACGGUAGGGUGGAAGUAUGACAAGGCGUAUGAGACCAGCGAGAAGUACAAGGAGGGCAAAUUCAUCCUGGAAGAAGAGCUUUUUGAGCGUUUCCAAUCGUGGCCUUUCCCCCUACAGAAGGGUCUCAUGCCUCUCUUAGCUAUUAGACAUCCUUAUAAAGUGGCCGUUGAAGAACGACCAAUUCCCAAGAUCCAAGAUUCGGGGGAUAUUAUCGUUAAAGUAACAUACACUGCGCUUUGUGGAAGUGAUCUCCACACAUUUCGUGGUAUCGAACCCGCCGGUACGGGGUUUGUUAUGGGCCACGAAGUUACGGGUGAGGCUGUUGAGAUCGGGAGUGGCGUUAAAUCCAUUCAGAAAGGCGAUAUGGUCGUGAGUGCUUUUACGACUUCUUGUGGCGAAUGUUUUUACUGCAAGCAAGGGUUCUCCUCUCGCUGUGAGAAGAGUGUGCUUUUCGGGUGUGAUCAUCUGGAUGGGGCACAGGCCGAAUACGUCCGCAUCCCAAAUGCAGACGGAACGGUAAUGAAAGCCCCCGAAGGUGUCGAGGAAAAAUACCUCGUGCUCAUGGCAGACAUCUUCCCGACGGGCUACUUUGCGGCCAGCAAUGCCUUCAAGGGGUGCACCCCGGAGCAAAUCUCUGAGCAGACAGUCGUGCUAAUCGGCUGCGGACCGGUUGGGCUCUGCGCACUGAUCAAUGCCCUGGAGUUUAAGCCCAAGCAUCUCCUGGCUGUGGACUCUAUUCCGUCGAGACUUGAGCUGGCAAGAUCCCUUGGGGCUGAGCCUUGGAACUUCCAGCAAGACCGGGAAGGAUUGGACAAGCGGGUGAAAGAACUGACGAAUGGAAGGGGUGCGGACGCUGUGAUUGAAGUAGUUGGGUUGAGCCCGGCACUGAGAACUGGCUUUGAUCUGCUGCGUCCUUGGGGGACGAUUAGUAGCGUUGGAGUCCAUAAUGGAGAAAUUCCAUGGGCAGGAAACGAUGCAUAUGACAAGAACUUGAAAAUCCAAAUGGGCCGAUGCCCCGUGAGGUCGGUAUCUCCUCAAGCGUUGGAGGUCUUGAAAAAGAAUCAGCAUAAGUUAGGAUUCAUGGCGGACAAGAUCAUGCCGCUGUCUCAAGCUGUAGAAGGCUACGAGCUUUUCAAUGCAAUGAGAGUGCAGAAGGUGAUUUUCAAAGCUGGAGAAUAA